CCCAUAGGUGACUCUUCAGAGCAGUGCAUGCCACCACUCACACGAUCACAGACCAAGGCCAUGGACCGGAAGGCGGGAGAAUCCCUCCUGGCGUAUGAGGAACGCCUGGCUGCUUUCAUCCAGGAGGCCAAUGAUAGGGCCGCCGCCGCGGCCAAGGAACGCAGUCAGAUUGAGCAAGAAGAGGAGGCCAAGCGACGGAAGGAGGAACAGGACCGACUUCGUCAAGAGGAGGCAGACCUGCAGGCGGCAGCCGAACACCGGUCACACCAGCGGGAACGACUGUUCACGCUGGAGACCGUGAUCGGCGAUGAGACCGCACAUUGGGUGGCGAUGGCAUCUGCAGACGAGGCCCCGGAGACUGACAAAGGACCGUCAGCCGUUGCGCAGAUCUCCCACGACCUUGUGGUGUAGCGGACCCACCAG